AUGGCUGUACCUGAUCCCAAUCAGCAGCCGGCUGACAGCGGAAGCAAUGCGGGUUCCCAGCAGCAUCAGUCGCAACAUGAGAUGAAUGCGUUCCAAGGCCAAUUUGAGUACGUCUCGCAGCAACAGAUCGGCCCUGCUGCGGGUCAGAACGGCCAGCCACAGCGAUUCGAUAUGGCAGCUAUGGCGAGCGCUCUGCCCUACAAUGGCCCUCAGUACAGCAGUCCGGAUAUGUCUCAAGGGUUUCCACCACAAAGUCCAUUUCAAGUCCAGCAGAUGCAAUACCAGCGCGGGCCUCAAUUCAUGGAAAUGGCCAGACAACAGCAGCAAUAUCUUGGAGCACAGUUUGGCAACGGGCCUGGUCCAGGCCUGGGCAUGCCACGACAGCACGGCUUUCCUAUGCAGCAGCAAGCUCCGUACGCUCCGAUCGACCCAUAUAGCUAUGGCAUGCAUCCAGCACCGUUUCCUGCAAUGGACCCUCGCUUCGCACCACAAUAUMACCAUAUGAUGCCUGGAAUGCCUGCUGAGAUGGCUCAGUACGCACGCCGCGCCUCAGUAGACAACGCACCAAUACCAAAUUUUCCCAGAGGACCACCGCGAAAGCCAAAGCAAUCUGGACAUGCUCUAUGGGUUGGCAAUCUUCCUCCCGCGGCUAAGGUUACAGAGCUGAAGGAUCACUUCUCUCGCGAUGCUACAAGCGAUAUUGAGAGUGUCUUCUUGAUAGCGAAGAGCAACUGUGCAUUCGUUAAUUACAGCUCGGACGCAGCUUGCGUGGCAGCCAUGAAUCGAUUUCACGAUUCCCGAUUCCAUGGCGUUCGACUUGUGUGCCGUCUCCGCCGCGGCGCCACAGCUCCUGCAGGGAAUCCAGGCCCCGAGUCGUUUUCGCCAACUGCUGUUCCCAAUCCACCUUCGACACCGGAUGGACCUGCAUCGACUGAUGGUUCCACUGCAAAGGAGGGGGUAGUGAAUGAAGAUGCGCUUGGGCCAACCAUUGCACGCAGUCACUCUGGACAAAGCCCAAUGUCGGCGGAUGCUGCAACUACACCGCCUACCACAAGUGAGGGCAAGGUCGCGGAGAAGUAUUUCAUUGUUAAGAGUCUGACAGCGCAAGAUUUGGAAGCGAGCGUGAGGAAUGGAACAUGGGCAACGCAGUCUCAUAAUGAAGAGUCCUUGAACAAGGCCUACGAGCAGGCUGAGAAUGUAUUCUUGGUCUUUUCUGCRAACAAAUCUGGAGAGUAUUUCGGCUAUGCGCGCAUGGCAUCUGCGAUAUCUGGCGAGCCUAUCAAGAUGGCCUCGGCACCAGCUGCAGAAGAAGCACCGGCAGACUCAGGUGUCUCACCACAGUCCAUUCCUACACCAGCCACGGACACAGCGCCCAAGGGUCGCAUCAUUGACGAUUCCGCCCGCGGGACCAUCUUUUGGGAAGCAGAUCWUUCGGAAGACGACGAGGUCUCACCCGAUCAGGAGAGUAGUAAGGGAGGGCAGGACUGGGGACGACAAUUCGAGAUUGAAUGGAUGUCGACCAAUCGUUUGCCGUUCUACAGAACCAGAGGCCUGAGGAAUCCAUGGAAUGCCAACAGGGAGGUGAAGAUUGCAAGAGAUGGUACUGAGUUAGAGCCUGGUGUGGGUAGACGACUGGUGCAGAUGUUCCAUCGUCCUGCGCCUGCUACCCAAGCUGGUGGUCUACCUGUGUCGUACAGAUAA